AUGGACCGCGAAACGACUCCGACACCUGCGUCUGCGCGUAGUGAGCGCUACAGGGGAGCUGUCGUCGAGCUGCCCCCCGCCUUUUGCGUCGACUACAAGGCGCCCUUGUCAAUAGCGCUUGAGAAGGCGUACGAGCGCGAGUUUGACCAGCUCCCGCGACCGAUCGGCUACCUCGCCGUGCCCGCUCUGAAGCAAAAGUUUGAGAGGAAGGAGGUCAACCCGUCGGAUCCCAUCGCCUCGUAUAUGACCCAUUUCCCUGUCUCCUCAAAAUCGCACCCUUACACUGUCAUCACCCCGGACACGGCACUGGAGAACCUCGAGGAUUUCUUCAAUCAGAAGGGCACGGACUUUGCCCUCGUGACGGACGCCGAGCGACGAUGGGUUCUUGCGGUUGCGACACGGUCCGACCUUGAGACCUUUGUCAAGCGCCGCGGGGGUGCCUAG